CUGUCAAAAGUGUCAGCGAAUAGCGUUGUGAGGUUAUUUUACGAUUGUUGUAACAACAACUUCGAAAUAAAGAUAUAAACGUAAGCUUACAGGAAUUAAUUUUACAGUUUCAUAUUAUUGGUUUAUAAAGGAAGAUGCCUUACGCUAAUCAACCUGUACACAUUACAGAAUUAACAGAUGAUAAUGUUAAAUUUAUUGUUGAAGACACCGAACUUAGCGUCGCUAAUAGUAUGCGGAGAGUGUUUAUAGCCGAAACGCCGACAAUGGCAAUCGAUUGGGUGCAAUUAGAAGCAAAUUCGACAGUACUUAGUGACGAGUUCCUCGCGCAUCGCAUUGGUCUAAUUCCGCUCAUAUCAGACGAUGUGGUGGACAAAAUUCGUUACUCAAGAGAUUGUAUGUGCGACUUCUGUUCAGAAUGCAGCGUUGAGUUCACACUGGACGUGAAGUGUACAGGCGACCAAACAAGGCACGUGACCACAGCAGACCUGAAGUCGAGCGACCCACGAGUGGUGCCAGUGACGUCACGACACCGGGACGAAGACCAGGCAGACUACGGUGAAACUGAUGAGAUUUUAAUUAUAAAGCUGCGUAAAGGACAAGAGUUGAAGUUGAGAGCAUAUGCAAAAAAAGGAUUUGGCAAGGAACAUGCUAAAUGGAACCCCACAGCAGGCGUGUCCUUUGAAUAUGACCCUGAUAACAUAAUGAGACACACAUUAUACCCUAAACCUGACGAGUGGCCUAAGAGUGAGCACACCGAGCUGGAUGAAGACCAGUUUGAAGCAGAGUUCAAUUGGGAAGCUAAACCAAACAAAUUCUUUUACAAUGUGGAGUCCUCCGGAGCACUCAAACCAGAGAAUAUUGUCCUCAUGGGUAUAGUAGUGUUGAAGAAUAAGCUUCUAAACUUACAAGUACAGUUAGCACAGGAAGCUCAAAAUGAUGCAUUAGCUAUUAAUUAGAUUAUGUUUAGUUA